AAGCAGCCGGGUUAGUGCGUCGUUUCACCCAGGUACGCGCAAAUGAAGUGGAUUCUUGUGAUUGGAUGCCUGGCGGCGUUGGCCCUAGCCGAAGAGGACACCCCUAGAUGUACGGCUUCUGUAACCACAGCAAGUGGAUCGCAAGCCCGUGCCGGACCUUACUGCUCUGGAGAUCUUAUAUUUGAGGAUACUUUUGAUUUCCUGGACUUCGAGAAAUGGGAACAUGAGAGUACGUUAGCAGGUGGUGGUAACUGGGAGUUCCAGUGGUACACGAACCAUCGAUCCAACUCUUAUUGUGAAAAUGGAAUCUUCUACAUUCGUCCUACCCUGCUGGCAGAUGACACCGGCGAGGCUUUUCUUUCUAGUGGCACCCUCAACAUUCACGGUGGCCAGCCAGCGGAUCUGUGUACUGCACCAUUCUUCUAUGGCUGCGAACGUGGCGGAAACGCUGAGAAUUAUAUCAAUCCUAUCAAAAGCGCACGCGUUCGAUCGGUAGAGUCAUUUAGUUUCAAAUACGGACGGCUAGAAGUGAGCGCCAAAAUGCCUACCGGAGAUUGGCUUUGGCCUGCCAUUUGGCUUCUGCCGAAACGUCAAGCUUAUGGAUCGUGGCCAGCUUCGGGUGAGAUCGAUCUUGUAGAAUCGCGAGGAAAUAUGGAUUACCGUGAUGCUAGCGGUGUUCAUAUUGGUGUGGAACAGGUAGGAUCAACGUUACACUUUGGUCCCAAUCCCAAUAUGAACGGUUAUGAAUCAACGGUGAGCCAUUUGAAUAGUGCCGCUGGACAGGGGUUCAACGUUGGAUUCCACCAGUAUCAGCUGGAAUGGACUCCAGAUCAUAUCACAUUUAGUGUGGAUAAUCAAGUUCUUCGUCGAAUCGACGCUGGAACUGGUUUUUGGGCAAGGGGAGGUUUUGUUACUUCGUCUCCGGCUUCGGAGAACCCUUGGAUGCAUGCCAGCGUGAUGGCUCCGUUUGAUCAGGAGUUUUAUAUAAUCAUGAAUCUGGCCGUCGGUGGUACCAAUUAUUUCUUCCCAGAUGUACCGCCUGCCACGAAUGGUGCUAGAGGCAAACCAUGGUCCAACCUGUCCCCUACCGCGGCACGUGACUUCUGGAAUGGCCGAGGUUACUGGCAACCAACCUGGCAGAUGGAUGUGAACAGAGGCAAAGCGUCUUCGCUGCAGAUCGAUUAUGUCAGAGUGUGGGCUUUGUAAAUUGAUUAGUAUAUGUCAGAAUACAUACAUCUUUUACCACAUCUUCUACUAGUACCUUCUGUGAGCAAAGCAUACAUUUAUUUAUGGUCAUACAAUAUUCAUGUUAAA